AUGGCGUACGUCGACCAUGCGUUCUCGAUUACGGACGAAGACAUCAUGAUUGAGACCUCAUACACCGUCAAUAAUCGACCGCCGGUGAAGGAGAUCGCACUCGCGGUGGCUCUUCUCGUGUUCGGAGCUCUAGGAAUCGUCUCCGGCUUCUUCAUGGCGUACAACCAAGUCGGCGGUGAUCGAGGCCACGGGAUCUUCUUCAUCGUCCUCGGGUGUCUUCUGUUCAUCCCAGGGUUCUACUAUACGCGGAUCGCGUAUUACGCUUACAAAGGAUACCAAGGCUUCUCCUUUUCAAACAUACCGCCUGUUUAG